AUGAUCAAAUCUCGUUCUACACUUAACAAACGUGCUUUGACAGAAACAACUAAUAACGAACAUCAACUCAACAACUCACAGCAAAUAAACUAUAUCAAUACACCAUCUGUAAUGAUGACACCACCUCUUUCUCAAAGAGCUACAAAGCGCAGAAGAAAUAGGGAUACUCCGCCCCGACCUUUAAAUUCGUUUAUGAUAUACCGUCGAGAAUUUCAAAAGAAGAUCAAAGAACAAAAUCCAAACAUUCUUCUCUCUGAAUUAUCUCGAAUUUCGAAAUCCGCUGCCGAUCAAUGGGCAAACGAACCACAGACUGUAAAACAAAUUUACGCAGAAAAAGCUAGAUUCGAGAAGGAACAACACAUGAAAUUAUAUCCUAAUUACGUUUAUUGCCCGAGACGUCCAACAAAAACCAAGCCGAGAAAAAAAUCCACAUCUGAAGGCUCAUCGGAAAAAAUGUCGGUCAGAUUUCUCUUGAAUGAUGACCCGACAAAUUCGUUUCGACCUUAUCAUCAUCCCCAUUCUUUUGCAUGA